GCGGGCGCUAAGGGGUCAGAGGUCAACUGGGUGGCAGACGCGCUGUGGGCUUGCCGCUCAGGCGCAAUACGCGCGCCUGGAGUGAGCCGAGGGGUAGGGUCGUCCAGCCCGGGAGGGUGUGGAACCGCGAGAAGGGGAUUUAGUCGGAAGGCGCCUGGACUGUUUCCGUGCACGGGAAGAGCACUACAGUAAAAAUGAAGCAAGCCAUCAGCUGCAAGUGAGGAUGAAGUACAGAUGAUAGAGGUUUGAGGAAAGGGCAGUUGGAGUACUUGGGGACAAACCUGACUACCCUCCUGCUGUGGUGGCUGCAGUCCCUGGGCCAACUAAACUGUGCUCAGAUUAGAUGUAUUUAAUGGAAAUUAGUUCAGAACUGUCCCUAGGCCUUGAGACCUGACUUAUGCCCACAGCCCUUUCUCAGCUGCAAGCUGACCUGUCUGGCGUCCCCUCACAGAUCUCCCGAUGAGAGAGCACAGCUCUGUGUUGGCCAUGCGGCACAUCGUGGUUGUGCCCCAUGUACUGGCGCGGAGAGGCCUCCUUGGAAGGGACCUCUUUAUGACCAGGACUCUCUGCAGCCCAGGCCCCAGCCAGCCCAGAGAGAAAAGACCCGGGGAGGUGGCCCUUGGGCUGUAUCACCGCCUCACAACUCUGGGAAGAGCCCUAGGGCACACCAUUCAGCGACAUGUGUCCUCCACAGCCAAGACUUGGUGGGACAGAUAUGAAGAGUUUGUCGGACUCAGUGAAGUUCGUGAGGCCCAGGGAAACGUGACUGAGGCAGAGAAAGUGUUCAUGGUGGCUCGUGGGCUUGUCCGAGAGGCUCAGGGGGACUUGGAAGUUCAGCAGACCAAACUGAAGGAAGUGAGGGACCGCUUGGACCGUGUCUCCAGGGAGGACAACCAGUAUCUGGAACUGGCGACUCUGGAGCACAGGAUGCUGCAGGAGGAGAAGAGGCUUCGUUUGGCCUAUUUGCGUGCAGAAGACUCUGAGCGAGAGAAGUUCUCCCUCUUCUCUGCGGCUGUGCGGGAAAGUCAUGAGAAGGAACGCACUCGAGCCGAGAGGACCAAGAACUGGUCCCUCAUUGGGUCAGUCCUGGGGGCCCUGAUUGGUGUGGCUGGCUCCACCUAUGUGAACCGCAUACGGCUACAGGAGCUGAAGGCCUUACUCCUGGAAGCACAGAAGGGGCCUCUGAGCCUCCAGGAGGUCAUCCGGGAGCAGGCGUCCAGCUACUCCCUCCAGCAGAGAGACCUUCAUGACCUCAUGGUGGACCUGAGGGGCUUGGUGCAUGCUGGGCUGGGGCAGGGCUCUGGGUCCCAGACAGGUACUUCCCCCACCAAAGUCAAAGACACAGAUGUCCUUUCAGCUGCCUUGCAAGAGCAGCUCAGCCAUUCCAGGCAGGUCCAUUCAUGUCUUGAGGGUUUACAAGAGCAGCUUGACGGCCUGGAAAAGACUUUCAGCCAAAUGGCUGGGGUGAUUCAGCUUGCAAAAGCUGCAGCACACCCGGGCCUGGUUGAGCAGGCAGACCGGGCUCCGCCCAGCUCCUUGCUGGAGCAGGGGAGUGUGCUUUUGGCACUGUCGGACAUGGAGCAGAGGCUAGAAGCCCAGGUAAACAGGAAUGCUGUCUACAGCACACUGGUCACCUGUGUGACGUUUGCGGCCAUGCUGCCUGUGCUCUACAUGCUCUUCAGGGCCAGCUAGUCCCCAUAUCCUCCUCCAGGGGGCCUGAGGGGUUAGAUGUGGACGUGAAUGUAGUCAGAGAAUCCCAGCAGUGAAGUGAGCCUUAGGGGUGCGCCCAACCUCAGCCUGAGUAUCCAUCUGUGUAUCAGAUGAGAUACUUAUCUGAGUAUCCAGCAGACAUACUUUGCUUUUUAGGUAAUGCUCAUUGACAUUUCUCAAAACUUUGUGUUAAUGUCCAAUAAAACUAUUUUUUAGUUUGUAUUAUUUAAA